CAUGCUGCGGGAGAGCAGGACAGCCAUGUGCGCAGUCACACUGUGUGUGCGGUGUUUUUCUGCGUGUGGCAUACUCUCCCGUGUCCUCGCUGCCGGGCUGGCAGCGUUUCAUGGGCGUCAGGAGUCUGUCAGUGCGCUCCCAACACAGCACAGGUGUCUGCUCCAGCCAGGGGUGUACAUCUGAGUAAUGGACGGCACUGAUGAUGAUGACGAUGUUUCUCGGCUCUCUGCUCAUACUUUAGCCGCCCUACAGGAGUUUUACGCUGAGCAGCAACAGCGAGAUUCUCUAAAAUCAGGACAGGGCUUUGACAAGUUUGCGGUCGGCGCUGUUGAAGAAGAUUGGCAAUUAAGCCAGUUUUGGUACAGUGAUGAGACUGCGUUGUGCUUGGCUAAGGAAGCACUGGAGGCUUCUGGGCAGAAUGGGAGGAUAGCCUGUGUUAGUGCUCCCAGCAUCUACCAGAAACUGAAAGGUCUGGCGGGAGAGGACGCCUCCGUUUGUUUGCUGGAAUACGAUAGGCGGUUUUCAGUCUAUGGUGAUGACUUUGUCUUCUACGAUUACAGUAGACCAUUAGACCUACCAGAGAGGCUCCGGCAGCAUAGCUUUGAUAUAGUAUUAGCCGACCCCCCAUACCUGUCUGAGGAGUGCCUGCAUAAAACAGCAGAGACCAUUCGCUACCUGACCAAAGGGAAGAUCCUCUUAUGCACGGGGGCUGUGAUGGACGCUUUGGUGACACAGUUACUUGGCCUGAAGAUGUGUCAAUUCAUCCCGAAGCAUACACGAUCUCUGGCAAAUGAGUUCCGCUGUUAUACAAACUAUGAGACAGGACUGGAUUCCACGUCCUAGGGAUCCGUCUUGUGGCCUUACGGUCAGACUCCCAAGCAGCCAUCAAUAACACAUUUUAAACCUUGAUUCUUUUUUUUCACCAUAUGAAGAUUUCUGAAACCGACACCAUAAAUGCCAAUGAAGCCGUGGACUUGCUCCGUCUGUGCUGCACUUUGAGGCAAAUAUACGGCUAAUUUGCAUCUGCAGAAUUCGUAUAAGUCCUCGAUUGAAGCUUACAUCUGGAUGGGUUUUAUGUAUGCAGCUCGACGUACACCCAAAUGCCUGCCUCAUUUGUACCUGUUUCUUAUCAGUAAAGUCCUAUGUACUUUUGCUCAUUACUCAGGUGACAUCCUCAGCCCACCUUCUGCUGUAAUACCUGAAAAUCUGUUGGUUUAAUUCCCAGCCCUGCAUUUGGCUCAGUGGUGGGCCAUGUCCUGAUUUUCAAUUUGGGCUGGAAUCAAAAGGUUAUAUCUCAAAGCCCAGACUAAGGCCAACAUUUAAUUAGCUGUGUUGCUUGAAAUCUAACAAAAAAAAUAAAUUAUUGUGUUUUACAAUG